UCGGCAAAUGCGGUAAACUUUAAAAACAUGGAAAUCGAGAGCAAAAGUAGCUCCAAAAUCCGGCUCGAAGAAGGCUCUGAAACCUUCGAUUUCGGAAGAGAAUUGGGGUUUAUUUCCAGUGAUCGAGCAAUUUCUCGUCACCAUAUUUCUUUCAAACUCCACGAAGAUCGAACCAGAGUUUAUUUCGAAGUUAAUGGGAAAAACCCCGUCUGGGUACGCGACCGUAGAAACGAUGAAAUUAGGGUUUACAAACGUUCGGAAGGAGGUGAAAUUAAGAACGGAGAUUCGUUUUGUGUGGCUUCGAAGAAUCCUGUUUGGUUUAACGUGAAGAGAAUCGCAGGCGAAAACGAAGACGACAGUGAAUCGAAGAGCGAACUCAGUCUUGACGAAGCAUUCGCAGAGACUUCGGGGAUUGAAUACGAUGAAGUCGAGACUGGUGAUAUUUCACAUAUCGAUGCUGUUAAAGAGUUUGGUUUUGUUGUUGUGGGACAUGAAUUUGAUCACUACCCAAAGAAAAUGCUCAGCGAUGUAAGUAAUUGGGAUUGGUUUCUUGAAGAACCCAAACAAGAGAGCGAUGAAGAGGAAGUUAAUGAGAGAAAAAGGAAGAAGAGUACAAGGAAAAGGAGGAAGAAGAGUGGAGAGGAUGACGAUGAUGAAGUGUGGACUGGUGAGAGUGGAGAAGAUGCUGAAAUUAUCAAGAAAAUGAAAAAUGCCCCAAAACCCAAGUACUCAACUAGAUCAAAGGAGCAAAAGCAAAACAAGAAGGGUGCAAGUACAAGUAAAAGUGCCAUGUAUACUACAAAGAAGUAUGCAAAGGAUGAUUAUGGUGAUGAUGAUGUUGAUGAAGAUGAAGAUGAAGAAGAUGAAACAUUGGGUGGAUUCAUAGUUGAUGAUGGGGAUAUAGGAGAUGAAAAUGUUGAAGAUAAUGAAGAGGAGGAAUUUGAAGAUGAUGAAGAUGAAGAUGAGUAGUUGUUGAUAUAGAGCCACUUUUGGUGUUUUUAUCUUUUUGUUUGAUUAUGUUGUAGAAUGUAUAAAAUGAUCCAAAGAAUGUUGUGUUUUGGAAUGUACACAAGCUUAAUACUUUUUUGAUUGUUUGGAUGCUUUU